AUCAGAUCAGUGUGAGGGCGGGGCUUAAAGCAGGACAAGGGAAGGUAACCAGCAUAGCGUCAGACCCGAACCAGCAGCGAUGUCGUGCGCAUUAAAAUGAGUGAAAAGCGGGCAGGUGGUCCCGCGAAGAGGGAAAAACAAAGCCUAGCUUAAUGUUUCAUCCAGAACCAGGACAUUUUCCUCUCGAAGGAAACGUCUCCGUCGGAGCUCGCGCUUUCUGGCAGCUCAUGGAAGGACGUGUCUCUGAAGGAGGGGCCAUAAAGGGAACUUAACCAAACAGCCCCCAGAAAAAACCCCAAACCCUCCGCUGACUGUGUGCCAUGAAGGCCCUCUUCCCCAUCCGGAUGAGAUGAGCUGACCCGGCCGCACCAUGACAGCGUUCCUCGCCGCCGUGGGUCUGCUGGAGAUGCUGCAGGCUCUCCUCCACGCCCCGCGUGCAGCCUUCCUCGGGAUAGCCGUGUUGGUAAUGAUGAUCGCUGCAGACUCUCCUGUUGCUGAUGAGUCUCUUUUGGACUCAACACAGCCCCCUUUGGGAUUCCUUGGAGAUACUCAAAGUUCAAAAGUAUUCAAACCAUCAGCCUUACCAGACUCACAACAUACGACCGAGAGGCCAGAGUUCCUCAAUCCCCUUCCAAUCAAUUCUGAAUCAACCCUUCAGAGUUGGACCACCGACUCCAUCCGGAGACAAAAGUCCAAACCCCUAAUUCUGAGGGAUGCUGUCACUGAGGAGCCACAUACUUCGGAACUGUCUCAGUCCCUGUCAAAUUCAUCCAUACCAUCCUUUAGCUCUUCUAUGUCUGCUACAUCAACUUCCCAUUUAGCCGUCUAUUCUAAUGAGAAGAUGACGUCCAACAGUCAGCAGGUUGUAACAUCAGAAAAGACUGUGUCUGCUCGGGUUUUAACACACAACAAGCCUGUUUUUAAUACUUUGACAGAUGAACCUUUUAGUCAAAGAGUGGAAUCAAGUCAAGCAAGCUCCAGGAACUUCUCAUUAGUGGGAGGCUUACCAGAACACAGGAGAAGCAUACUUCCCUAUGACAAGAUCCACUCUCCUGGCUACAAUGUGCCUUUCAGCACCUCUCAACCUAUACUAAGUUCAUUUGAACCCAACGAGUUGCCUCCUGAGGACUUCUACCCAACCAACACAAUGGAAGUGGACUGGGGGUCUGGAGACUAUUUAGAGACCAUGUCUUACUUUAAUUCAGACCGAGACGGUUACUCUUUGGUCACCAAGGUGCUCUCUGACCCAUACGAUCAGGAGGAAUACACAGAAAGCUACGACACGUCUUUUCCUUCCAGAGUGGGCAUCUCCCUCUCAUCUUUACAGCCUCAUCAUGUGUCUCCUUCACCCAGCCUCCUCACAGCAUCCAGUACCGUUGUGCCAACCUCCACAAUACCUCACCUCACUCUGGAGACGCCUCCCACUCGUAUGACUGAUGUACCUGGAGAAUCCGACAUAAUGUGGGCGGAUUCCGUCACGAUUCAACCAACAGAUGUCCUGCUACCCGACAUGAACAGCUUAGAGUAUUACACCACCCAGCUCACCAAGGAUGGCAACAGCUCCGAUGUCAGACCAGAAGAAAGUGUUACUGCUAUAUCGAUUAACUCCACAGAGGUUUUUCCAACUGAAGCAUACACUCAUGGAUCUAACACAACUGUGGAUGAAUCCUCCAAUGAUCUGUCAGGGUUUGGGCCUCCAGACGAAGAAACCACAGAGGACAGCUUUCAACUGACCAAUUCCUCUGCUCCUGUUCUUUAUCCUUCCAUUGUCCCAACCCACGUCCUACAUCCUUUGUCCUCUAGAUGGGAUGGGGAUUUAUCCUUCACGGACUGGUCCACUCACACGUUCACCGACAACCCUGCUUUAACUGACAUUUUGGAGCCAAAUGAAACACCUUUGCUUCCAGAAGAUGCGAUGUCUUCCUCCUCUCUCACAGAUGUCCACUGGUUUGUCACAGAGACUUUGCCAGAAAGUACCAUGCACACCUCUGCUGUCUUAACUCCAACUGCUGCCUUCUCUCCAUUACCCACUGAGCUCCCUGAGAAUGAUAGUACUACUGCUAAUACAACAGAUGGAACCUACCAGAACCCAACUUUCCCAACCAAACACACUCCCAGUACAUACACCACUAACUUCACAUCCCACAAUGCCACCGUAGACCCCCUGGUAAUGUCCGGGGAUCAGGGCGUGACCGAAGAUGGAAGUGACCUUCCAGCUACGCUGGUCUCAACAGUCAGUGAAGUCAGAACUCUCUCUGCCUUAUCUACAAGUCCGGCUGCCACACCUCAUGAAGGAACGAAAGAAGCUUCUGCCACGGCAGAAUCGAGUUCUACUGCCGGCUUCAUCUCCACUACCAGAGAACAGACUUCAGCUCCAGCUACAACAGCGAGACAGUACCUCUGCAAACACGACAGACCCGCUUAUUUGACUAAAAUUGGUUUCCCUUCUGGAGCCACCGUUGGAUAUGCCAAGGCCCAACUCAGAGACGUUCUCAAGCUAGAGUUCAACAAAUCAGUGGAGCUACAGGUAGUGGAGCCUCCACCGAAACUUGUCCUGCGGGUCGUGUCAGGACCGGUUAUAUACACGGCCAUAUCCGUCAUCAAUGCACUGCAAAGGUCCGGACGCCGAUUCACUCACGUGUCUCCUAGUUGGACUCCGCCAGACCGUAAAUAUCAAGUCCAUACAGUGCUGCAGUUUGUUCCGGGCCACAUUGACGUUCGGUCCUGCAGCUUCAGCGAGGCCAUCGAACGAGGCUUGAGCAGGGCCUUCGCAGAAGUACGCCGGCGCUCGCAGGAGUCCACCAACUUCACCGUGCACAUCAUAAACAUCACCACAGCUGCUUCCAAAUCUGAGGAGCAGCGACAGCUGAGGCUCCCAGUGGACAUCACCUUUACUGUUAGCGGUACCAGGGGUUACCUGAUGGGGUCAGAGGUCAGCGAUGCUCUGAUGACCCUCACAGUGGUGGAAUUCAGCUUCUACAUGGGCUUUCCUGUACUGCAGAUCGCUGAACCUUUUCAUUAUCCGGAGCUAAACACCAGCCAGCUGCUUCGCUCCACCUGGGUCAGAACAGUACUUCUGGGUGUACUGGACCAUAAAGUGAGAGAGAGGACGUUCCAGGCUAACCUAGAACGCCGCGUGGCCUUGCUGUUCGGAGAAGCCGUGGGAUCAGUCAGACGAGUUCGAAGAGCCACCGCCGUGGGCAACAGCAGCAUUCAGGUCGUGGCGGUAAGCCGCCUUGCCGGUGAGGACCACCCUCUGGAGGUGGUGUACUUCGUGGAGAGUCCCGGGGGGGAGCGGAUGCCGGCCGUUCAGACGGCUAACCUGCUGAACAGCCUGGACGUUCAAAGGGCUGCCAUUGUUUUGGGAUACCGCGUGCGCGGCGUUCUGGCUCAGCCUGUAGAGAAGGUGGCGUCGCCGCCCUCCGACAAAGAGAACACCAACAUGUGGAUCGCCGUCGGGGUGGUGGUUCCUCUGCUCGUGGUGAUCCUCAUCAUCUCCAUCCUCUACUGGAAGCUGUGCCGCACAGACAAGCUGGAGUUCCAGCCGGACGCCAUGACAACCAUCCAGCAGAGACAGAAGCCCUCCGAUGAGUCCUCUCUUCAUCAGCCACGGCCUCCCACUAAAGAGGAAAUUCAGAUUUCUGAGGAUGAAGAGGAGGAGUAUGAUGAGGAGGAGGAAGAGGAGGAAGUAGAGGAGAUGGAGGUUGAACAGGGGAAGAGAUCCGUCCCUCUGCUCAAGAGCAAACACAGAAUGAGCGAGGACCUGGAGGAGGAGGAGGAGGAGGAGGAGGAGGAGGAAGAAGAGGAAGAGGAAGAAGAAGAGGAUGAGGAGGAAGAAGAAGAGGAAGAGGAAGAAGAGGAUGAUGAGUAUUGGAAACCUACAGCAGGCGUGAAAUCACCGGGGCAACAAAAGAGCAAAUCUGCACAGAAGAACUCAGAGGUGGCAAAGACAGAAGAGACGAGAAAAGUUGUGUCUGAAGGGAGGAGAGCGCAGGAGUUGCAGGCCCCCAGCGUGAAGGGCUUCGACUUUGCCAAGCUCCAUCUUGGCCAGCAGAAUAAAGAUGAUGUCAUGGUGAUCCAGGAGCCCGUCCCACCGGCGCCGCUCCCGACGGCCGUGAAGGACGGCCCCAGCCCAUCUGACAACGGCGAGAUCGCCACGUCCAAAUCCAAAACCUCGGCUUCCUCCUCCAAGGCGUCCCGCGGCGGGAGGCGGAGGGAAAGGAUCUCCCCGUCAGACGGAGACUCUGUGGUGAGCGAUCACUCCACCGAACGGGAAUCGACCGAGGAGAACCUGAGAGCCCCCGCCGCGCCCGGCGACAGCAAGCAGACCCGUAAGCUCCCCAUCAAUGUUUUAAAUGGCAAGAAUAGAAUUGGUCCUCCACCUUUGAACGGAGCUCCCAGCGAGCCGCUGUCCUCUGCCUCCAUCUUUGAGCACGUGGAUCGUAUGUCGCGUGCCGCAGAAGCCGGCCGAAGACUCCCCAACAAAAUCCAGCUUAUCGCCAUGCAGCCCAUGACGCUCCCGCCGCUGCACAGCCCGCCCUCACACGGAAAACUGGCUGAUGCAGAACAGAUUCAGGUGGCUCUGAGGCACAAGUCAGAGAUCGAACACCAUCGUAACAAGAUCCGUCUGCGUGCCAAACGGAAAGGCCACUACGACUUCCCCGCCAUGGAGGACAUGAUUACCGGCGUCAGAGAUACCAAGGACCAGGAUCACAUCUACCAAAAGGCUCAGUCCCAGAUCGAUAAGAUUCUGGAUCCGGAGUCUCAGACGCCCUCCAUCUUUAGGGAACAGAAGAAAAGCAGUCGUGGGAGACGUUCUCCAAAGCAACGGCUGAGAGAUCAGCUGAAUGGAGGCAUGACGGAAGCAGACAAAGACCACCUCAUCACAGAAGACGAUCCCACCUACAGGAAGUGUCCUGGAGUGAACAACGUGGCCUAUGUGUCAGAUCCAGACCAGGGCCCGGCAUCCCCCUAUAGGAGCCCCUCUCCCACAGACGAUGUCUUCCUCGGCCCCGCCUCCUCCCCUCCAGGGCACGCCCCUCCCCCGCCUCCCUACAUGCCUCCGCAGCCCUCCAUCGAGGAGGCGCGGCAGCAGAUGCACUCCCUAUUGGACGAUGCCUUCGCCCUGGUGUCCCCCACCUCUCAGGGCAGCACGGCAGGGAUCACCCUCCCCGGGGCCAACGGCAACCCACACCUCAAAAGCCCUCCCGCUUGUGGCCCUAGAGCCUGGGGCCCCGCCUACUCAGCAUUUGGCCCCGCCCCCAGUAGACUCUCUGAGCUGGGUCUGUCUGCUGCUGCCGGUCUGACACCGCGACAGGGCUUUGGCUCCGCCUUCACGCCAGCAGGAGAGGCAGCAGCGCCUGGCGAGCAGCUUCAGCCCGACUGUCUGUUCUCCUCCAGCAGGGGUUACUACGCCGACGAGACGCCCCCCUCAGCCAGACCGCGGCCGGUGGGCGGGACCACAGGAGCCCAGCUCCAUCAUCUGGCGCAGGUGGGGCUGACGGGCCACGCCAACGGCUACCCGGCGGGGGUCCGGGCGGCCCCCAGCGGCCAGAACGGCGGCGUGGGCUGGAACCGUUACCAUGACAACGGCCUCACCCGGGAGGAGGCGGAGAAAGACGCAGUGAGUGAAACUGAAACCUUCAAAGUGGUUCAUUACGACGGUCUGACGUCUCCUUUCUCCCAGAUGCACCGCGGCGGCGCCCCCCCCUCCCCUCUGGACGCUCCCGGCGCCGGGGGGGGGUACCUGACAUCUCCUCAGCAGCGGGACGUCUCCCCGCCCACCCACUCCUCCGCCUCCCUCAUCAAGGCCAUCCGGGAGGAGCUGCUGCGUCUCUCGCAGAAACAGACGGCCGUGUCGGGCUAUCGCAGCUGAGGCCGCCGCCGGCCGCCCGCUGCACCACAGCUGCUUCCCAUGGAAGUCCCUGAAGACGCUCAGUUCUGAUGUGAGAACAAUCAAAGAGAAGUUUACAUCCUGAGAGAACACAGAUCUGAGGUGCCUGUGUUCCUGUCCCGCUCUGACGGCGGAUUCAGACGUUCAGACUCGGUAUUUUUUAUUUCCUCACAGACAAACCGACGGUUUGGACUCCAGGUUUGUGUGGACUUCCUUCUCUUCAGGUGCUUCUCUGCUGCCAUGAUGAGCCGUGUCAUGCCUUCACUCUGAUGUGUCGGAUCUUCCCGACGCCGUUUGGAGUCGCAGGAUUUAGUCCGUCUGGAAGAUCGUCAGAUUCAGAAGCAGAUCCUGAAGUUUCACAAACGUUUGAUCCAUCAGUUGUGUGUUUGGUACCUGGAUGCAGCUCAGACCUUCAGGACUGAAGACGGAGCUUAAAGAUCCUCUCCAAUCAUCUUCUCAUGUUUUCAAAACCUUCAGAUUUUAAUCAUCAUGAUGCUGUUGUUCAACAAAAUCUAACAAAUGUUUCUGCAGAGCAGCAGGAGAUCAUUAGAAAGUCCCCUCUCAGUUGUUGGGGCGGAGCAACCUCGCCCCGUUCCCCUCCCCAGUGCUGAGAGCUCUCUGUUUACAGGGAGCUCGUAGCCAUGAUGUCACAGUUUGAAUAAAUGAAAACUCAGAAGUGUCGUUUUUAGAUGAAUUGUCUCUAAAGGGAAACACAACAGGACAGUUGGAGGCUGACUCACUCUCAGACAAGAUCUGAAAAAUGACCAAAAAAAGGGAGGGGCUAAGGGAGGCAGGCAGAGUGGGGUAGGUGUGGUUUGGAUCUGUGAUUGACAGUGAGUUAACAUCAGGACACUAAAGGAUUUAUACAAAUAUUGAUCAGGAGGCCCGAGCAGGUCGCCUCCCCGUCCCAUGAUCCAAGGGCCGGUUCAGUGAGCAAGCAAGCUCCGCCCACCACUCUCAGCAUCAUGGUGAGACCUCCAACAUUCUCACCAAGAUCUCCAACGCUCCUGAGAGAGUUCCAACUCUGUAUUGAGCGUUCAAAGAGGGGCGGGGCUUUUAUACUGUAACUGCAGACCACGAUGACAUGAAACUUCUGAAAUGGCGUGGGACACCAGUUAACCAAUCACAAAAUUCAACUGUAAUGCCUCGUUUCAACCUGUAGGGGGAAGCACACAGAUGGGUUUAGAGUAUAUUUUCAGGAAGUUUAUUUUAAAUUGACAAAAACCAACAGACGGCACUUUUAAAGUCCCAUUUAUAGAGGUCAACAAACAACAAAAGUUGGUUUACUGUUUGGUCACCUCUUAAAUACACCUUCAGAAAAACGCCACCAGAACUUGUUGAAAACAGUUUCCAUCGGAGUGGGUCUUUAAGGUUAAUCUGAAAGUCCACUUACGUCAGCAGAGUCCUGCACUCGUUCCUGCACUCGUUCCUGCACUCGUUCCUGCACUCGUUCCUGCGCUCAUCCCCCCAUCCUGCAGUAUUCCGCCUUUCAGUGUGACGGAGAGAACCUGCUUCAGUCUGGCGUCUUCUACGGUGUUUUUAUUUCCUGACGGCGUGAGGAAUCUUUUAUUUAAGUUAAGUUAAGAAGCGAGUGGACUUUAAAGCAGGACUCCCCCCCACACACACACACACAAAGGCCUUGUGAGUUCAAUCUGCACAGAAGCGUCCAGAACAAUGUCCUGUUCCUCUGUGAUGUGCCUUUUGGACUUUCCAGAACCGGCAGAGCAGAACUCGGUCUGUUUCAUCUCCUGUCUCCAUCCGUUGUUCCUCCCUGCAGACGUUCUGGCUGGCCCGACUCUGCAGAUGUUCAAUCAUGUUGCUGUUUUUGAGCUGUCGCGAAGGUUUUCCUCUGUCACGCUGAUGCUGCAGUUACACUAAACGAACAGAAGGUGGCAGCAAAGCUCAUUUCUCUGCAAACGUUCACAUCAAACUCACUUCUCUGUAUUGAUGCACCGGAUGUUCCUGAUGGUUCAAUAAACUUUUCAUCCAUCUUUUUAA